AUGCCCGGAGACAACGGCUUAGCCAUGAGCAGGACAGCAUCUUCCUCCAGCAUCCAGGUGGCGGACCUCUCAGGGCCACCACCAACACCAGCCUUGGUUCCUCCAGCAAAUGCAAAGAGCGUAUCUCCAGCUCCCGAUACAGCCCCAAAGCCUUUGCCAACCGAAGGAGCUGGAGCUGGAGAAGCAGAAGACGAGCCUGGUGCUGAGAAGUUCAUCAUGCAUCCCACCAGCGUAUAUAUUGUCAUCUCAGAGCCCAAACACCAGAGUGAGAAGUUCCACUGGGGUAUCAUUGUGGCCCGCGGCCAACAGGAAGGUGUUCUCUAUCACCGCAUCUUCGAUGGCAGCCGGUGGGAGCUGAAAAUCGAAGAGAACAAAGAUAUCUCUGCCGACAAGGCCGUUAUCCUCUUGCUGAAAAUCGGAGACGUGCCUGAAGUCUCUCGGCAAUGGAUCGAAGCUAUUCAGGAGUGCAUCACCACUGCAAAUGCCCCCCGGGCCACCAUGGGAGAUAUUUCCUGUCGUACCUUUGCCCUGGCUGCCACCUACGAGCUGGGCAAUGGCGGCUUCAUCAGUAUAUACCCGAACUGGAACACAGUGAAGGGUAUCGAGAGAGAGGCGUAUCAGUUUGCCUGGCAUGCCGGCAACCUUGGACGCCGUCUGAUAUAUACAUUACCGGAGCUGCUAGAAGGGAUAAAGGGAGAUUAUAAAGGGAUGGACAAUGGCCAAACAGCUGGCUAUGGGGAUGGUGUUUUUCUUACUGUUAGCUAUUCAGAGUGUUAUCUAGUUAUUAGCCAGCUAUCUGCGCAUGCAGACGACUCUAUUUAUUCUUAUCUCAACGUCGGUCUAUCAGCCUCACUUCAAUACCAAGCAGUAUCUUGCUAUCUGCACUUCCACCCACACCUAUAUCUGCCUUAUGUAUCAACCCAACAGCCUCUAUGGCAGCUCUAUAUCCUGGCUCUGCAGACUGAUUGGCCGGUCCUGUUGCUGGGCCGGCCAGCGAGCAGCGCCUUUUCCCGCGAAAAGAUGCUUCGAGGAAAAACAACAACAACAAAACAACCAAACAUUCGUCCUGCGGCCAAACACGCCCGCCUUUACCACCUUUGCCCUGCUCGCGGCAUAGAAUUGACCGUCUAG